AUGCCUCCUCCACGGCUUUCGGCCGCAUUCUUGCGCACACGACCACAAUCGCAACUGCAAUGUCUUCGCCGGACGGCCUUUACUGCGCGAUACGCCUCGUUUGAGUCGACACAGCCUUCACAACCUGAACAGCCCACGGUCCCGUGGAAGACACCGCACAGCAUCGAAGCAUGGCCGCCAGCGUAUCUGAUCCCGCCUCCUAAGGAUGGCGAGAUCUUGUUGGAGCGCAAGCCUAACCGCGCACUACCUCCCAUUCCGCCCCUCAUCUCCCCACGAGUCCUCAAAACCUUCCCGAUCUUCGUAGUCGCCAUGACCGUCUCGGUCCUUGUCUUCUUCAAUUACCAAAAACAAGAGUCUUCCGUCGUAACCUCAACGCUCUAUGCGCUCCGCACAAACCCGCUCGUGCGCGAAGAACUCGGCGACGAGAUUUACUUUGCGUCCAAGUACCCUUGGAUCAGCGGCGACAUUAACCAGGUGCAUGGAAGGAUCGAUAUCAGCUUCAAUGUGAAGGGGACGAAGAGGCAAGGCAAUGUAAGACUCAGGUGUAAGAGGAGGGGUAGGGGCGGGUUGUACAGUACGCAGGAGUGGAGCUUGACAAUGGAUGAUGGGAGGAAGUUUGAGUUGUACGAUCCCAAGGGGGAUGCGAUUGAUCCGUUCCAGAUGCCUGUUGACGAGGAUUAAGCGCUCGAUAUUGGGAUCGAGUUGGUUAGACAAGGUUGCAGGAAGUGCGUCAGGUUACGGCGAUGGGCGAUUCGCCGUGUAACCAGUGUAUAUAUAGCUGUAAAGCACUGCAUCAUGUACAACACAGCAUCACUGGAUGGAGUUAUUAGAACAGAUGACGAUAGAAACUUGACCUUAUUGCAGAAGGUGUCACUGGGAGGAACGCGCAAUGUUGAAGAUAUUGAAGUUGCCAUUAUGCACAAGU